AUGCUACUGUUGAUAGAAAUUCGUCUUAUUGAAUCAAGAAUUGAAGAUUAUGUACAUAUAAAGGGAUGGAAUGCAGGCCAACUCGGACCAGUUUUACCCGAUUUACAGGUCAUAACAAAUACAACAUUAGAUGAAGCUUCAUAUUACCUAACAUCUCUAUCAUUAGGGUUUCUGCUUGGAGCUUUAGUUGCAGGAUGGAUAUUUAGAAAAGGACACCAGAUGAUUACUAUGUCAACAUUAACUGCUGUCUUUGCUAUUUUGACAGCGACAGACAGAGUUCUUGCUACGUACAUAUCUGUUUUGACUCUUUCCUCAUUCGGACUAAUGAUCACCACACUAUAUCAAAAAGACAUUGGAGUUUGGAUUUUCGUACCAAUGUCUGGAUUUUGCCAGUCAAUCUUAUUUCCUUUGUUGCUAUCCUGGAUAGAGGAAGACUUUUUCAAAGUAACUGGAAAGAUAGUCUCAGUAAUUAUGUUUCUAGGUUCAAUUGGUACUAUGAAUCCUAACAGAAACCGUGAAAAGAUCUACCAGUAG